AAAUGUCCUAAAACGGAUUUGGUCCAAAGACAUCUAGGGUCUAAAACCGUUAUUUCUACUAGGCACGUUUUGACCGUAUCAAAUGAUACAUACCCUCUCUGGCCAUACGGCAUAAACCCAAACUAAAUAUCAAACUACAUCCUGAAACUAGAAUUCUAAAGAUUCGUCAAGUGAACUUGUUUUCAAUAUUAUAAUUUAAAAAAGGAACGACUACAAUAAUAUUUUAUAUGUAUUUGUUUGCAAAUAUAUUAUCGGUAGUCUGUGCGCAUUUUGUCAUAUUAAUAUUUGUUACUCAAACGGUAGAAUUCUAAGCAAUUACACAAUUCUCAAAAUUUAAGAAAUGAUAACAUUAAACAUUUUUGCGCUUUUUUUGCUCGUAUCCAUUUUUAUAAAAGAAGUUGGUAGUGUCCAUUGCUAUGCUUGCAACACCCGCGAUAACGAAGAAUGUGAUAAUCUAGACGAUUCCGGCAAUAGUACAUUAACAACGACUUGUGAAGAUACGUGUGCCACUGUUAAAGGUCAAUGGGGCAACAUAAAUGCAUAUGAACGAAGAUUUUUACUUUGGCGUGGCUGCGGUCCCAUUGCAGAGUGUACACAAGCUCAAGCCAUGUGUUGUCAUUGCAAGGACGACUAUUGUAAUUUUGGAAAUGUCUGCUUUAGUCACUCUAUUAUUCCCAUAUCCAAUAUUGUGCUAAACUACCUCUACCCACCUUCCGAGGAAAACUCUUUAAACCCUCUCCAGCACUGGAAGAAGUCAUAUGCCCCCAUAUGAGCGAGGAUCACUCAUUACUCUAUCAUGCGAAAUUUGUCUUGAACUUCGUUAAUUGCUUAAGGGAGAGCAAUCUAUAUCCCGCAGAGAUGU